AUGGAAGCUAGCUCGCCGGAAACAGAGGAGGCAUGGCUUAUAGAGCAGCAAAAGUUAAUUGCACUCAUGAAGGGCAACGGUGCUAGCUUGCAGGCCCAAAAAGAGCCUUUUGAGCACAUCCAAAUGCGUUACAACGAAGCAUGCGGCGCAUACAUGACUAUGAAAAGAAACGGAGGAGUUCCGCCUCAGGAAGAGGUAUAUUUCAAUCAGCUGGCUGAGCAGUAUGAAGAGGCAAAAGCAGAACAGGAGAAGCUCGAACAAACUAAUACUGGACAUUCCCUGAGCGGCAUCAAACGUAGAAGGCAACCUUCAUCUUCUAUGUUUGUUCAACAAGGCGAGUCGGACAACGAGAAAAGGCUCGAUUCGACCAAUACAUCAGCAGGCUCCAAGAGAAAGCGAAAUGAGGCUCCGGAUAGACCGUCGAAAUAUUCUAGACUUGUCGAGAUGAACAAAGCUAUCAAAAGAAUCCUGAGAGCUCUUGUUGCAGCCGCACCUCCGGACAAGAAGCAAGCUGCGAUUCAUGAUAGUGCAAGAGUGCUCGACGCCAUCAUGCAAUUCCCGCCUGACUGGAUCGACUACGAAGGAGAUGGUUUAUGGUCAUUCAAAGGCAUGAUCACGCCACUCAAUCAUCAUCAGCUUAUCAACGCUGGUCAAAUGAGAAAGCGAGAGACCAGCAUGCAAGGCCCUGCAGGGGCUAUCAUAGGCGAUGACGCAGGACUGGGCAAGACACUGAGCGCCCUGGCGAGUAUGAUGCGCGAUAAGACUUCGGUUGGCUCAGGAAAGUCGAUAACCAACCUCGUACUGGUGCCUACAGGUCUUAAGGAGCAAUGGAAGAACGAGAUUCGUAGACACACAGUCAGAGAACCCUCACCGGACUACUUCGGACUUGGUCGCAUUCACCUCUACUCGACUAAGACCAGCCUGAAGUCUCAAUUGGAGGACUUCGCGGAGGCCGAUGUUGUCAUCGCUACAUACUCUGAACUUUGCGUCGGAAUCUGUUGCCAAGGUAUUGUCAAGAACAGCAAAGAUAUCAAGAACGGCAAGAGUGAAAAGGUCACCAAUCCCGACAAUACUAAGGCGCGUCAAUAUGCCUUGAACCUACUCAUGGUGCUGAGGCAGAUGACAGGUCACGUACUUCUUAUUCGGCCAGGUUAUUUUGGACACCUGACAAAUGAGGAUGUCGAUACUAUCCAAAACAGAAUAUGCGCAGACACGCAGAACUCCAUGGACUUACACGCCAAUGAAUAUCUUGCGGCUGUGCGUGAGCUCCAAAAGAGUAUUACUUGUGUCAUAUGCGAUCAAAGAGCCAUGAAUCCUCGAUGGGCAGAAUGCAAACAUGCCUACUGCUACGGUUGUCUCGAAAACCAAAUGCACAUUCCCGCACAGGAGAAUCUCGGUAGCACGCCAUGCAAGCUUUGUGAGUGCCCUAUAGGCCGACUGAUCAAGGAAGCCGAAUAUGAGAAGAAUGCAAGAUCCAGAUGGCUGAACGAUAGCGGCAAAGUCAUCCCUUCAAGUAAAUCUGCCGAGGUCGUCAAACUUCUCAAAGAUUGGAGGGAUCCAUAUUCAGGAGAUCCUAGUGCUAAAGCUGUUGUCCUCACCAGCUUCAAAGACUCUCAGAGAUUUCUUGCUGAUACCUUUAGGGAAGAAGGGUGGGGGCUCACCAUCUUGAGUUCAGACAUGUCAUCCGCAGAGAGACAGGCCAGUGUGGAUGAGUUCAUCAAUGAUCCGAAUAAAUACCUCAUCAACUAUGACCAUUACUUCAACGAAGCUACCGAGCAACAAGCCUGCGGCCGAAUCGUUCGCAUUGGUCAAACAGAGCAGACGACGUUAGUAACUAUUACAGUCACAGAGACGGUGGAUGAACAUGUCAGAGACAUCAAGCGCGGAAAGGUUAGGGACAUCGAAAGCAUCAUGAAUGCGACGAGAAAGAAAUCUCACAAGGCUCUUCUAAGAAUGUUCAAGGCGAGAAAGAUUGAAGAUAUGGGAGAAUCCGACUGGGAGGAUGAAGUCGAACUGGAGGAUGACUUUGAACUGGAGGAUGGCGAUCUUUUGUGA